AUGAAGGCCAUCAAGAAUACCAUCGGAGAAAACUUCGGUGGCAAGGCUCAUGAUAUUACAACCCACCCAUUCAGUUUGGACCAAGUUCCCGAUCUGACGGGAAAGGUUGCCGUAAUUACAGGCGGGAGCGAAGGUAUCGGCUAUGGCUGUACUUAUACACUACUAAAGCACAACGUUGCUAAAGUUUAUAUCCUUUCCAUAUCCGAAGAUGUUGUGGAGGGUGCUAAGGAAGCCAUCGCAAAGGAUCUGGGUCAAGAGGUAGCAGAUAGAACUAAGUGGAUGCUGUGCGACUUAUCAGACUGGGAGAGAGUAAAAGAGAUGGCCGAAGAGAUCACGAAGGAUACCGACAGACUGGAUAUCCUGAUAAACAACGCAGGACGGGGGAUCAUGACCUACCAGCUCACAGACUAUGGCGUCGAUAGACAUAUGGCCGUUAAUCAUAUUGGCCAUGUGAUCCUCACAUCUCGUUUACUUCCACUAAUGAAGCAGACCGCAGAGAAAGGUGAUAUUGUUCGCAUAUCCAAUCAGGCGAGCAACAUGCACCAAUCAACGCCCAGCGACACAGAAUUUGAGAGCCUGGAGGAGUUGAACCGCGACCUUGGUCCUAAUGCACAAUACGGGCGUAGCAAACUUGCGGCUAUCCUAUACGCUAGAUAUUUUGCUCGGAAGGUGACGAACAUGGGUUAUCCCAACAUACUCAUGAAUGCGACCCAUCCGGGAUUCGUGAGUACAAAGAUGAGCAAAGAAGACAUCUUUGAACCUUUCCCGCUGGGCGGAUACGCGAUGGCUGUCGGCCUCGAGCCUUUUAAAAAGGAUCAAUUCCAAGGAGCCGUAUCAACCAUGUUUGCCGCGACAUACACAGGGGACUCGGGCCAAUACAUUUGCCCACCAGCUGUGCCGGAGCCGGGAAGUAAGUUGGCGCAGGACGAUGCACUCGCGGAUAGGUUAAUGGAUUUGACCUGGAAAGUGGUGAUGGAUAAGAUGAAGAGCCAGGUUGUUGAACGGGAUUGCCCUCUUGAUGACCUUGUUAUGUCUUAG